AUGGGGGUCAAAGAACUAUGUAAGUUAUUUCUUGACGCUGAUAAUAUUAUUAAUGGUGAAAUUGAGGGCAAUUUGACGAUGUGGGAUAUUAUCAAAGAUCCAGAAUUUAAAAAAUAUUGUGAUAAUAAAACAUGUAGGAAAAAAAAGGAAAAGAUUGGUGGUUUGAGCGGGUAUUUAUUUACGAAAGCAAGGGUAUUGGAAACAAGUGUAGUGGAAACUCCUGGUCUGUAUGAUGAAUUUUUUUUGAUGUGGCUAAGCGAUAAAUUAUAUAAUAUACUCAAAGACAAACCCAAUAUCAACGUCAUUACUUUAAAUGAGGCUUAUAAUAAAUAUUUAAAGAAACAUAUUGUGGAAUCUAAUCAUUUGGAUCUUUUAGGUAAAGUAAAGGGCUUGGGAGAAGCUAAUCUUAAGCAUAUGAAAGAAUUUUAUAAGUUACUUAAUGAGAUAUGUAAAGUAAUUGCAUAUUAUAAUCCAAAAGAUAGGAAUACUGAUAAACUUAUUAAUUAUUCUACUAAUUGUUCUAAUCAAUAUAAGUCCCUUUACAAAAGUGUUCCUAAAUGUUAUUCAUAUCUUCAUUUAUUGGAUAAUUUAAAAAAAACAUAUUAUAGUUUUAUAGAUUUUGUUAUUAAUAAAAAUGAUAAAAAACAAAAAUUAGCAAGGAAUCUUAAAACACUUACAAUAUCAAAGAGAAAAGAUGAUUAUUUUGCGAAAGGGUUUACAACAUUUGAUUUCAAUAGUUCAGAGUGUAAACCGAAAAAACCUAAAAAGCCUGACCCACCAAAACAAAAGGGAGGACAACCAAAAGUCGAACCAUCACCAGUACCACCUGUAAAUCCAGCAGCACCACCACCACAAAAUGGUAGUUCAUCACAAACACCUCAAACAGGAGGGUCAACUAAACAAAUUGAACCAAAGAAUUCAAAAAAUAAUAAAGAAAAUAAAGGGGGCGCAAGUGGUAAUAAAGUAUCUCAGAGUGGUGGAAACGGAAGUCCUGGUGAUCGAUCAAGUGAUUCCACAUCAAGUACAUCAGGAGGAUCUUUUGAUUUGUUUUCACCAUUCCGUGAAUUCCUAUUAAAUGGAACGGAAAUUUAUAAUAAAGCUUUUCAAUUUAUUAAAGAAACUCAGGAAAUGCUUAAUGAUGCUAAGGAUCAAAUCAGCAAUGCAUACGAUAACGCUAUGAAUAAAUUAAAAGGUGCUUACAGUGUAUCUAGUAGUUAUUUUAUUGAUAUUAUUAGUAAUAUAUCUAUCCAAUUUAAUCAAGUUGUCACUCCUCCUAAACCAGGAAACUCAGGGAAUAGCAUAUCACAAAAUAAUGAUCAAUCACAAAAAGAUGGAGGUCCAUCAUUACCUUCAACAAAAGAUCCUCUAGCAAAUCAUCCACCAGUAACUCCACCAUCAACGUCACAAUUAUCACAAACUUCAUCAUCUUUACAACCUAUCACACAGAACCCUGCAAAAGUCAAUCAAAUUAAUCACAAAACAGAUCUUCAAUUGGUAAAAUCAUUAAGUUCUAAACUCAAUUUGAAAAAACCAUGUAGCAUAUUUCCAACUACAUGGAAUGGAUCAGAGGAUUGUAAACCUGAAAUAGAAUUUAUGAAUACCACAUUAGUGUGUUGUACAUCUAAACAGUGUAGUUUAACUGGUAUUUCAGUUACACUUAUUCUAAUACCCAUUAUUUUAUCAAUUGUAUAUAAGUAUUUGUCACGUGAAUGGACAAAAAAAUCGGAAAAAAAAACCAUGAAAAGAGUUAUAAAAUUAGUUGAUGGAAAUCGAAAGACACAAAUAAUUAUAAGUUCAAGUGAUAGGAACAAAGACCUAAAACCGGUUAUAAAUUCAGCUGGUAGAAAAAAAGAUCCAUUAUUAAAUAUAUACAAACUUAUGCAGGCUGAUCCUAUACCAUUUAUUAAUUUAUUUUUUUUGUUAAUUUUUUUUGUCUAUAAAAGAAAAAAAAAUUUUUUGGAAUUAUAA